UCAUUUUAUCAUCGAAUAGUAAAAUAAAUAUUGUUUCGUGAACUUGUACGUUUUCUAACAAUAUUUGUUAUUCAAUUUCGUGACUUGAAGACGUAUUCAACGAAGUACAUUAUUUAAAAAAACGAUGUCAACCCACGAAUCACCUAUAUCCAAAGUGGUUGUUCACCCUUUGGUACUGCUAAGUGUUGUCGAUCAUUUUACUCGGCUUGGAAAGAUCGGUAAUCAAAAGCGAGUAGUUGGUGUACUACUGGGCUCUUGGCAACAAAAUAAAGUGCUCGAUAUAUCAAAUAGUUUUGCCCUUCCUUUUGACGAGGACGACAAAGAUAAGUCGGUGUGGUUCCUUGAUCAUGACUAUCUUGAAAAUAUGUAUGGUAUGUUUAAGAAGGUAAAUGCCCGCGAGAAAGUAGUUGGUUGGUAUCAUACCGGUCCUAAACUUCACCAAAAUGACAUAGCUGUCAACGAACUAGUGCGCCAAUACUGUGUAAACAACACAUCUGUUAUGGUAAUUGUUGAUGUUAAACCUAAAGAUGUUGGAAUACCAACAGAAGCCUACCGAGUUGUGGAGCAAAUCCAUGACGAUGGAUCACCGCCAUCAAAAACAUUGGAACACAUUGCUAGUGAAAUCGGUGCGGAAGAAGCUGAAGAGGUUGGUGUUGAACACUUACUUAGAGAUAUUAAAGACUCGACUAGUGGUUCCCUUAGUCAACGAGUUGCCAAUAUAAUAUUUGGCGCAAGGGGUCUUUUUAAACAAAUGGUUGAUAUUAAAGAUUAUUUACAACAAGUUGUAGAUGGAAAAUUACCUGUCAAUCACCAAAUAAUUUAUCAACUACAAGAAAUAUUCAAUCUUUUACCUGAUGUUGACAAGGAUUCCCUGGUUGCCGCAAUGCACGUAAAAGUUAAUGAUCAUAUGCUUGCUGUAUAUUUGGCAACUAUGAUUAGAACCAUUAUAGCCUUACACAAUUUAAUCAACAAUAAGAUUGCCAAUAGUGAUGAUGAAAAAAAACAAUCAAGAGAACCGGAAGAGAAAAAGGAAGAAGUUUCAAAAAAGAAAGAAAUCAAAGCAAAAUAAAUGGAUAUGAUAUAAUUGU